AUGCACAUCAGUCCGGUGCUCUUUUUGAUUUUUCUUGUUCAAUCUGGAGCAACUCAAUACUAUUUUGGUAAACUCCAAAAUUAUGGAUGCCGUUGCCUGCAGAAGGACAAAGCUCAAGAAAUAUUGAAUCCGUAUUCAAAACAACCGUUUGAAAAUUUGGAAAUGCGAGCAAGAGAGCCGACAUUAACUUCGAACCUUCAGCACAAGAUACACAUGCUGAAAGAAUGGCUCGCGAACCUCUCGUUACAUCCAUUGAGGGAAACACCAACACCAACACCGCCACCAACCACCAUUGAUCCUUUGGCGCUACCUUAUGAAGAUGGAAUCACAACAAUCAACAGUACGGUGAUGCGGAUUAUCCAGAAGAUGCUCUCAAAGUAUUUUAAGAAAUGGAGAAGCGAAUGGAGUAUUCUCGAUCGAUUCGAAUGCGUUUGUCAAGGCGAUCUAGUCGAGCUGCUCAAGGCGAAAACUUUUAUUAAUAUUCAAAUUGCACAUGACUAG